UUUAGUGUACAAUGAGUUGGCUGUCAACAUCUUUUGGAUUUAUUUUGCUAAUAUUUUUUCUCACGAUAUGGGCAGCACCAAGUCCUCAAUGGGGAGAAAUAACGAAAAUAGUUGCUGAGAAUAUGAACUUUACGGAUGUAAAUAUAAUCUACAUAGCUUCCGAAGAAGCUGGAUCAGUGGAUAAGGCGAUAAACGAUUUCUUUAGAAAAGCUUCGAUAAGUAGCUCAAAGGUAACGUCUCGAAGUGUUGUUAAGAAUGCAUACAAGGAGACAGUGGUUUGCAUUCAGGAAUUCUUCCGUGAGGAACAGAAGGAGCUAUUUAUGGAUUGCAUUCAUCAUGCAAUCGAUGUUAGCUUGGCUAGACUGAGAGCCCUGAAAGAAAUUCAGGAUAGGCAGACUGCUAGCGGAGCAAGUAGACUUAAAAUCUGGCACUGAUGAUAAUGGAGCUCUUGCCCGAUCUCUGGCAGGCGUCAAGUUUGCUUUCUUUGUGCCGUCUGCCCUCCGUUGUACUUUAAUUAGACAGUCAACUCGAGACCCAA